CUUCCAUCCUCCACCGUCCGUGCGCGCCCUGAACGCACCAGGCCUGGGGGUGUGGAUCCAGUUACUCCCCGCUGACUGGAGGCUGAAGCAUGGGACGGCGGUCGGAGUAGUGAGGCAGCCUGGAGGAGGACGGGACCAAGCAGCGCAGCUCCGUUCACUUCACACUGCACGACCGUCUUCAUCCUCUUCACCCUCUUCAUCCUCUUCAGCCCCUCACCCUCUUCAUCCUCUUCACCACCACCACGUCGCGUCAGGACCCUGAGCAGCGCGGGGCUGAGAGGCGCCCAUGCAGGAGGAUGGAGAUAGAGAAGAGGACGAAUGGGUUCGACUACCCGGAAAGAAAUAACGCCAAGUCCGUCAACGGCUUCUACACUGACCAUCCGCUGGAGUCUGAGCACAACGACAGUAUGGAUGAUCCAGCUGACCAGCGUACUUGUCUUAUCUGCGGAGAUCGCGCCACAGGCCUGCACUAUGGCAUCAUAUCUUGUGAAGGCUGCAAGGGCUUCUUCAAGCGCAGCAUCUGCAACAAGCGCGUGUACCGCUGCAGCCGCGACAAGAACUGUGAGAUGUCGCGCAAGCAGCGCAACCGCUGCCAGUACUGCCGCCUGCUCAAGUGUCUGCAAAUGGGGAUGAAUCGCAAAGCGAUCAGGGAGGAUGGGAUGCCAGGAGGGAGGAACAAGAGCAUCGGGCCUGUUCAGAUCACAGAGGAGGAGAUAGAGCGCAUCAUGUCUGGCCAGGAGUUUAAGGAGGAUGCCCCCGAGCACACCUGGGGCAACAACGGCGACAGCGACCACAGCUCUCCCAGCAACGGAGCCUCGGAGGGCAACCAGCCGUCACCCGCCUCCACCCUGUCAUCCAAUCGCUCUGUGGAAAUGAAUGGCUACACGGCGGCUCUGCGGGACCAGUACAUCAACACCUCCAUGUCCACACACUACCAGCUCCUGCCUCACCUGUUCAGCUAUGCGGCCCAGUCGGGCCUGCUGGCCCCCCAGCCCCGCAGCCUCUACCCACAGUCCCACCCCCUGGUGCUGCAGCUGGUGGCUGCUGAGGACCUGGCCCCCCUGGCCACGCCCAUGCUCAUAGAAGACGGGUACAAAGUGACCCAGGUGGAGCUGUUCGCCCUGCUGUGUCGUCUGGCAGACGAGCUGCUCUUCCGCCAGAUCUCCUGGAUCAAGAAGCUGCCGUUCUUCUGCGAGCUCUCCAUAGAGGACUACACCUGCCUGCUCAGCUCCACCUGGCAGGAGCUGAUCCUGCUCUCCUGUCUGACCAUCUACAGCGCCCAGAUCUUUGGAGACCUGGCCGACAUCACCGCCAAGUACACGCCGUCUGACGAUGAACUGCAGGGCUUCAGCGAGGAUGGGAUGGAAGUCAUGGAGAGGUUGAUUUAUCUGUUUCGCAAGUUCCACCAACUGAAGAUCAGUAAUGAGGAGUAUGCCUGUAUGAAAGCCAUCAACUUCCUCAACCAAGAUAUCAGAGGACUGUCCAACACCUCCCAGCUGGAGCAGCUGAACAAGCGCUACUGGUAUGUGUGUCAAGACUACGCCGAGUACAAGUACCCGCACCAGCCCAAACGCUUCCCCGAGAUCAUGAUGUGUCUGCCAGAGAUCCGCUGCAUCGCAGGGAAGCUGGUGAACGUCCCUCUGGAGCAGCUCCCCCUCUUGUUCAAAGCAGUCUUGCACUCCUGCAAAUCCAGCCUGACCAGCUACAGGACCGGCCCGCUGCCCUGCAUCACCACCUCUGCCGGAAACUAGAGCCCCGACCCCCCGAGUCGAGGGAUUGGUCUCCCCUCUUGUGAAUGUGACAAGCAGCUAGUUUGUUUUUUUGUAACUUUUUUCUUUAUAUAUUUAUUACAUGACAGAGCUGAAUGUAUGCUGAUUUACACUGUGCACAUGCUUCUGUACAAAACAAAUGCUCGUAGAUGCAUUGGUCUUUGGAGUUUACAAGUGUGUAUCCAGUUUGCUCAAUGUGUCAGUGUUGCCAUUAUUAGAGCUAGACUUUAAAAGAGUUUAUUUUAUUCAGACGGGGGCGGACAGACACGUGACGAGUGUUGUGAGACUACCUCAGGAAGAUGUGAUGAUGUUAUGUAUUUUCAGGUACCUUUUUUGCCGCAAAGUGAAGCGUGGCCCGGUCUAAAACCGAGUCCCUGUGGAUGCUGAGGCGCCUCAAUCAGAGACUGAAUGUUCAAAGGAGCUGCAUGAAUCAUAGAUUGAUGAACAGUGUCGCGUUACACUGAAAAUGCAAAAUUAGUAGCAAAACUGAGCUUUUUCUAUCUGCAUGGACGCUCAGACAUCCUGCUAAUGGGAUGAUCUUGUCAAUUUAACAUUCCAUGAGUUAAGGCGACAGCUGUUGGAUCUGCGGGAUCUUUAUUGAAAAAGGAGCAUACGGGUAUUUCUUACAAUCAUAGACUGGGGAUGAAAGGCUUUAUCGCAGGGGAAGACGAGGAUAUCUAGGUUUGCUGUUUGAGUUUUAUUGUUUUCCGUCUUGACCAAAGUGUUAUGCAAUGCUUUUUUCAAACCCAUUGAUGGGUAGGGAGCUGAUAGCUUCACAAAGAAAAAGGUUUCUUAUCAAUGAAGGACAAAGAUAAGAAAUGAAUCAAUCUGUGUCAGAGGGGAGAACCCUCUGCUGGACAGAUGAGUAUGCUGCCGGAUAUCAUCCUAAAUGCUACUAUAAGCGCACAUUCUGACACACACAUACUAUAUAAAACAGUCCAUUUACUAUAUUCAUAGAGCAGACGCGGCCCCCGGUCCCUCUGCUUCCCGUCAGAUGGCCUUCAGUGCCGUGUGCAUUGCAGCCUGUUCUUGGAAACACAUCUGAGCUCUAGUUGUUUUUCAUGGGUCAAUGAACUGUUGACCUAGUAGAACCGCACCAGAACCAACAACAACCUGAACCCAAGUUCAUAAAAAGGGGUUCGACGUAUGCGCUCAUCGCCUGCUAGCUGCUGUUAGCGUAUCCAUCUUCAAACCAUUUGGGAAAACCCCAAAUUAAAAACCAUCUGGUCCAUUCAAUAGUUCUGUUGUUCUGUCAGGAACUUAGACUGUUUUCAGGUCUCGCCAGGUCCAAUCAAAAUUUUGCACAGACCCAAGACCAGUAGUAGUUUAAGUCAGACCUGACUACACUAACACGCGUGGAGCUCAGACCGCGUCCAGGCCCAAACGUAGAUUCCCAGCUCAAAGUGUGAUUGUUAUGGAUCCAUGUCUGAAUAAAUGCGUGCUAGGUUUAGAGAAUUGAGAGGGCGUCCGUCUGGCGUGCAUACCCUCUGUGACAGAUAUGCACAUUGUUAAAAAAAAGCCAUAGAAAAUGGUCUUUAUUUUUGAAGUAUGAGAUGAUCACUUCAAACCGCUCGAAGUGUCGUCUGGGUUUCUUCAAGCUUUUAGCCGUUUCAUGAUUGAACAAUUUUGAAAUGCAGUUCUUGCAACGACUCUCUUUUUGCACACGACGGUGAGGUUCAGAGACCUUGACCCUUGACCUCGGCCACUGCCCACCCAGUGUGUUCCUCUCUCUCAGGUCCCUGCCGACCUGGAUCUAAACAGGGUAAAGUGAGUGUUAUGUAUUGCAUUCAGGAGUUCCUCAGCGACCAUGCUGAUGUACUUGUAGUAUUAGUGUACGUAGGUUUCAGGACAUUGUAGGUCCUCUGUAGAAAAGUGUUUUUCUUUUCCUUUUGAUUUCCCCCCAAGGUCCCCACUCCCCUUCAUUCAGUGGGCGUGGACAUAGUUUGAGGUGAGCCGUGCAGUGUGGAUUCUUGUCUUGGUGGUGGAUGGAGCGAGCGGCGGUGGCCAGUCUCCAUCCCCCCUCUGUGCAGCCACCGGUCCAAUUCAAAUGUGUCACUUUGCCUCUUUUCAACUUUUGAUUUUUAUACAUUUUCAUGUACCUUUGUAGUUAUUAUGAAUGUUUGGGGUUUUUGUUGUUUCUUACUUGUUUUUCGGAGUGAAGACAGACCUGUCAUUUUCUAAAUUUUCGUUGAAUUCUUGACUUUUUUUUUGGACAUGAUUAUUAAUAUUUCUUCCCCUUGUCCACAGUGGUUUACGCAUACAUAAAAGUAUUACUCAGGUAACGUCAGCCGCAUCUUUUGACAGCUUUGACAUUUUGGAGUCUGUUUUGCAUUAUUUGAUUCAUUUACAAUGUGAUGGACUUCCACUCAUUUUCUACCUCCAGUGUUUCUGAGUGUGUGGAGAAAACUGUCUGUCUCCACACAGUCGAACAUCUACAUCACCCAUCACACAGACCUCUCAGGUUAAAGGGUCGUGUUCACAAAAUUACAACAAACAUACAAGAACAUUUUCACAUGCAUCUUGGGAUAUGUUGCCAUGGAGGUAGUUUUGAUUUCAUCUGUUGAAGUUUUGAUAUUUCUCUCUUCUCGGCUGGAUGGAGUUUAGAUGUGGUGCUCACAUUAUUAGAAAAUGACAUUUAAAAACCUCAACAUCUACAUGUCUUUACAGAAAAAAAUGACUUGCUGGUUGCUAUAGUUGAUCAGUGGUUGUGUUUUCCCUGGAUCUACUGUCAUCAGUGACGAUCUACUGUCAUCAGUGACGAUCUACUGUCAUCAGUGACGAUCUACUGUCAGUGUGACGAUCUACUGUCAUCAGUGACGAUCUACUGUCAUCAGUGACGAUCUACUGUCAGUGUGACGAUCUACUGUCAUCAGUGACGAUCUACUGUCAUCAGUGACGAUCUACUGUCAGUGUGACGAUCUACUGUCAGUGUGACGAUCUACUGUCAUCAGUGACGAUCUACUGUCAGUGUGACGAUCUACUGUCAGUGUGACGAUCUACUGUCAUCAGUGACGAUCUACUGUCAGUGUGACGAUCUACUGUCAGUGUGACGAUCUACUGUCAGUGUGACGAUCUACUGUCAGUGUGACGAUCUACUGUCAUCAGUGACGAUCUACUGUCAUCAGUGACGAUCUACUGUCAGUGUGACGAUCUACUGUCAGUGUGACGAUCUACUGUCAUCAGUGACGAUCUACUGUCAUCAGUGACGAUCUACUGUCAUCAGUGACGAUCUACUGUCAGUGUGACGAUCUACUGUCAUCAGUGACGAUCUACUGUCAUCAGUGACGAUCUACUGUCAGUGUGACGAUCUACUGUCAUCAGUGACGAUCUACUGUCAUCAGUGACGAUCUACUGUCAUCAGUGACGAUCUACUGUCAGUGUGACGAUCUACUGUCAGUGUGACGAUCUACUGUCAGUGUGACGAUCUACUGUCAGUGUGACGAUCUACUGUCAGUGUGACGAUCUACUGUCAUCAGUGACGAUCUACUGUCAUCAGUGACGAUCUACUGUCAGUGUGACGAUCUACUGUCAUCAGUGUCUUCUAUGAAUAACAAGCAGGCGUUUUCAUGAAGGUGUUGAAUAUUUCAAAUGCACGUCUUCACUUCAGUCAGCACCACACAGAUAUUUUAAAACAUGGGCAAAUGGAACCAGAACUACCUGCUGGGCCGGAUGGCAAGUGAGAUAAUGUGUUUUUGUGAAUUUGGCGGUCUGACCCUUUAAUCCUCAUGUUCUCAGGGAUAGACGUUUUCAAGUAAGAGCAAUCUGAGUGAUGUGCUGUUUCAUGUUAAAGGAACAAUCCCCUCAAAAUGCUUUGCAACCUCCAGGAAAUCCAGUGUAGAAACUCCCAAAGUAUCAAAUAACAACCGAGUGAAGAGAGAGGGCUUGUUCCUGGAGCUGCCGUGUCGGCUCUGAUAUGUACAGAACCAGUCGGGGGAGAUGUAGGAGCCUGCUAACUGUGGUAAACCUACCCCAGAAAGUUCAGGGUGGCCAACAACAAGGUCCCUUCAUGUCAGAUAACUCCAGGAAUGUAGUGAACAUCACAGACGGCUGAGAUCUGACGGUGGAAGAGGAUCUGAAGUGGGAUUUUUCCUUUAAUGCUAAUCAACGCUAAAGAAAACCACAGCUACCUUACUGCCACUGCUGCGACUUCCUGAGUGGCAUAUUUUGAUACACGUAUGCUGAUCAAACCUUUUAUUUUCUGUAUUUGUAUAUUUUUGGCAGACAAGGGAUGUAAUUUGCAAUUUCUGUACUGAAACUACCUCUUUAUUUGUCAUCAUGUUACUUUCAAAUAGGUGAUUUUUUUGUCUUAUUUAUUGGUUUCAUUGCACCAAUGUUCUGUUAUUUUGUGUCUGUUAAUUCACCCGUGACCUCUCAGUGAUAGAACAAGUGCUGAUACCGGUGUUCUUCCUCUCUUCUCUAAUCCGUAACUCGUUGCCUCGCGCGCCUCGAACUGCGACUCGUCUGAUGUCAUGACGCGUGUCACUCACCAAACACUCUUAGUCUCUGUCGGGAUCCUCUUCCUCCUUUUUGUUUGGUUCAUGUUGAAUUAGCGUCAUCUUUAAUUUCACGUCUGCCCUGUUAUCCAUACCAAAGAUGAAAGAAUGUCAAUGACAGUGUCAGUGUACUGAUAAGAAUUCACGUGAUGCGUUCUCACUGCAGUUAACCAGUGCUUUAUUUCCCUGUGCUGACCUUUGUGGAGUGUGUCUAGUUAUCUGGUCAAUGGUUGUUUAAUGUGUACACUAUAUUCACCACAUCGUGUGUGUGUGUGUGUGUGUGUGUGUGUGUGUGUGUGUGUGUGUGUGUGUGUGUGUGUGUGUGUGUGUGUGUGUGUGUGUGUGUGUUCCUGUUGUCCUCCUGUUGUUGUUCAUUGGAAAGGCCUUUCAAGGUGACAUGGAGUGAUAACAAUGGGAUCAUAUCAUAUCAUAUGUGACGCUGUCAAUGCUGCUUGUGAUCGAUUAUCAAUCGGAGAAUGUAUUUGUGGUCAAACUGACAUCUCCUCCUGUUUACAUGCUCUCGCUCACUCGUGUGACCCUGAUGUCGUGGCACGCGACCGUAGACAGACUGGUGCAGUGUCAUCACUGGGCUGGGACUUCCUGAUGUGAACGUCAUGGUCCACCUACAAUAUGGGACAACAGAUACUUACUGGGUAGUUGUAUUUGUUUUGGGUUUGGUGAUUUUUUUAUAUCAUUCCCAUAACUUAUGACCCGUUAUACUCAGUCUGACUUCAGAGAUCUGGGGAAACAUAUCCACAGUUUAAGGAACAUAUUGAAAGUGAAAACCAGAACAAACAUUAGUUAUCUUUUUAAAUGUUCACUCUAUACAUGCAUUCAAAAACAGUUUCCCAUUGACCAAUUACACAGUGGAUGGUCACGACCAACUCUCCUGACAGUUGUCUCAAGGAGCCACCAUUUUUAUCCCAGAUCUCAGUCGUGAAAAUUGAUAGUUGGUGUCAUUAUAACCAGUAGGAAUAACCUUUAAACAGAAUGUGCAGUGUUUUUACAGCCGUGGUCACAGUGUUACAGUUACAGUAACAGUGUUACAGUUACAGUCACAGUGUUACAGUUACAGUGGCACUGUUGAACCUGUUGUACAGGAGACGAGGUGAGCAGAGGGCGGUGACAAAUCUCCACAUAUCUCAGGGAAGAAAUAGAUUUAAACACUGUCCUCACCUGUGACCAGACAAGUGAUUCGCCUUUAUGUUUUUUUUCUCCAGAAAUCUCUUGUCUGCUCUUGUUACUUUAACUACCUGUGAAGAAUGUGAUCCAUUACGUGUUAAGAGCAUGUUUAGAAUGUGUUAGGACUUGAAACCAAAUAAAUGUGAACGUUAUGCAAGUGAAA